GAGAAUUGACAGUGUUUUAAUGGCCCUUACAUCAGCCACGGUAUCCCGUCCGCAGCACCCAGAAGGGGCGGGGUCACCUCGCUGGUGAACCGCCCCCUGCUUGUCAUUGGUCCGCUCUGUCUGUGGUCUAUAUACAUGCAAAGUGUGAUCGAUUUUGUUUUGUUUUUAAAAACGUAAACGGAGAUGACUGACAACCGCUGAUUCUGGCAGCGUGAUAAACUCUUCCUCUGCCUUGUGUGGUGGCGGUGUUGUUGUUAGCAUAGCAGCGGCUAGCAGCUGCGCGUGUGUGAGCGGUUCCAGCCGUCAACACGUUGAAUUCCUGCUCAAAAAAUGGCUUCGAUAGCGGCGGAGGACCACGAUAUAAGCGCAGAGUCGAUGGCUCUGGCGGAUGCGCUAGCGCCCGCAAGCAUAUUCGCCCCGGACCGGGUCGGAUGUGGGGACGAGUGCUACGAAGACGGGGACGUGAUCAAUGGCGAGUCCGAGGAUCGAGCCAUCGACUUCACCAGCAAGCUGGCCCUUGUCAGCCCGAACGGAGAGCAGUAUGACUCGCUUCUCAACCAGCUCCGGGACAGAAUGGAGGAAGGAUGUGGAGAGACCAUCUACGUGGUUGGGAUGGGUUCAGAUGGAGGCGACUGGGGUUUGGAUGAGAAGGACAUGGAAGCGUCGGUGGCCACUGUGGUCUCCAUGUGUGAGCAACUAGACGCUGAUCUGAUCCCGCUCCGGGAGCGCAGCGAGGCCGCCGGCAUGGUCCGGGACUACCUGAUCCGCAGGCGUGUUGGGGAGCUGGACUUCCUGGAAGUCAGGGUGGCAGUCGUAGGGAACGUGGACGCUGGGAAAAGCACCCUGCUGGGAGUCUUGACGCACGGAGAGCUGGACAACGGCAGAGGCUUCGCUCGCCAGAAGCUCUUCAGACACAAACACGAGAUGGAGAGCGGCCGGACAAGCAGCGUGGGGAAUGACAUCCUGGGCUUUGACCAGGAGGGACAGGUGGUGAACAAGCCUGACAGUCACGGUGGAAGCCUGGACUGGACCAAAAUCUGUGAGAAGUCCUCCAAAGUCAUCACGUUCAUAGAUCUGGCCGGUCACGAGAAGUACCUUAAGACCACGGUGUUCGGCAUGACCGGGCAUCUACCGGAUUUCUGCAUGCUCAUGGUCGGUAGUAAUGCCGGCAUCGUCGGCAUGACCAAAGAGCAUCUGGGCCUGGCUUUAGCUCUGAAUGUGCCUGUUUUUGUAGUGGUCACCAAGAUAGACAUGUGUCCAGCCAACAUCCUGCAAGAGACAUUAAAGCUGCUCCAGAGGCUACUGAAGUCUCCUGGCUGUAGGAAGAUCCCGGUUCUGGUCCAGAACAAGGACGACGUCAUAGUUACCGCCUCAAACUUCAGUUCAGAGAGGAUGUGUCCCAUCUUUCAAAUCUCUAAUGUGACUGGUGAGAACAUGGACCUGCUGAAGAUGUUCCUCAACCUGCUGUCCUCCAGGACGUCCUACAGGGACGACCAGCCUGCAGAGUUUCAGAUAGACGACACAUACUCAGUUCCCGGCGUCGGCACAGUGGUGUCGGGGACUACGUUACGUGGAUUGAUACGUCUGAACGACACCAUGCUGCUCGGGCCGGACCCUCUCGGGAGCUUCAUCCCCAUUGCGGUCAAAUCCAUCCACCGCAAGAGGAUGCCGGUGAAGGAAGUUCGAGGAGGACAGACGGCGUCCUUCGCGCUCAAAAAGAUCAAGCGCUCGUCCAUACGGAAAGGGAUGGUGAUGGUGUCGCCGAAGCUGAACCCUCAGGCCACCUGGGAGUUCGAGGCAGAGAUUCUGGUCCUCCAUCACCCAACAACGAUAUCGCCGCGAUACCAGGCCAUGGUGCACUGUGGCAGCAUAAGGCAGACGGCCACCAUCUUGACCAUGAACAGAGACUGUCUGAGGACAGGAGACAAGGCGUCUGUCCACUUCCGCUUCAUCAAGACCCCCGAGUACCUGCACUGUGAUCAGAGGCUGGUGUUCCGAGAGGGUCGCACCAAGGCGGUCGGGACCAUCACCAAGCUUUUGCAAUCCUCCAACAACUUACCAUCCAACUCUAAACCGCCUCAGAUAAAAAUGCAAUCCACGAAAAAGGCCACCUCCCGAAAAGAAGACGGCACCUCUUCCACUAGCGACGAGACGACGCCGACGCCACAGCUAGCGACGCUGAGUACAACAGGGGAGGGAGAGGAGGACCCUCAGAUAAAGGAGGGGAACAAAGAGAACAAGCCGAAGUCUGGAGGAGGAGGAGGACGGCGAAGAGGAGGUCAGCGGCACAAAGGCAAAGGCCAAAACAGCACCUGCAACUCUCCGGCAGUCCCAUCCACAUCAGGAAUAUGAGGCCCCCCCCCACUGCAUCUCCCUGCUACACCUCCACCAAGUGUCUCCACCGCCAGAUAUACUGAAGAACAAACCACCACCGUACCAGUCCUCCCAUCCUCUACUGCCUAACUUGUUCUAAUCGCAGUUUUCAAACUGCUGCCUUUUUUUUAAGUGGUUCAAACAAUUGAAAGCAUUUUUUACGUCGAGGACAACUCGCUCUAGUUCCGGUUCAAUCACCGCGUUCGCCAACAGGACAACCUGAUUUUAUCCCAUUACUGGUGCAGCUCCGUGAAUCCUCCCACACACAUCCCUGUGUAUUUGAAACGCAAACUUUAUACUGCAUAUAUAAAUCAGCUUGCAAGUCUGGUGAGGAAGAGGCGAAGGCGCAAGUGGUGAAUGAAUGUAGCAGAAGGCGCACCGGGAAUAAGCUAGGACAUAAAGAUCAGUUAUUUAUUUGGCAGACAGCCGCCGGUUUAUGAUUCCCAGAGGUUCCAAAUGUCUCUAAAGUUCUCGCACGUUUCAUACUAAUCGUACUCCCCGUUUCUACAGACCCAGGUUUGAAACUGACUCACAACAGCACAACGUUGCACUCCAACAUGAUUGUAAGACAUGCAACUCUUGUACCGAGUGAUCUAUGGUUCAUGUGACAUUUAAAAUCCACUUAAAGCUGAUCAUCAAUAAAUGAGCUUUACCCAA